CUCCCGCCGUUCGCGGGCCGGGCUGAGCCGCCGGAGAAAGGCGGCACCGGCACCGACCGGGCGGGCGCCCGCCCUCCGACCGACUGCCAUCCGCCUGUCCGGCCGUCUGUCCAUUCAUCCAUCCAGUGCCAGCUGCUGCCCUGGAGGAUGGUGGUGCCCGGGAACGCCCCCCUGAUCCAGCAGGACCCCGCGCUGGAGCCGGCCCUGGGCAGGGACGCCCCCGAGCCCUCGGCCAUGGGCCCGGAGCCCCCCGAGGAGCCGGUGGGCCCCGAGGUGCGCAAGCUGCGCGAGCUGGUGCGCAGGCUGGAGCUGGACAGUCAGCACGGCAGGACCCUGCUGGGGACAAACGUGCCCGGGGACAUCCGUGCCGGGGUGGACAACCUCACCGGGAUGGAGAUCAACAACAGCAUCAACGCCAUGGCCGAGCAGCAGGAGCUGCAGCUGAUGGCGGAUCUGCGCAGCCAGCUGAGCAAGAUGAGGCGGGAGGAAGGGGAGAACAAGUUCAGGAGAGCCCUGGAUGCCCCGGUGCAAUACAACAGUGCUCCUGAGGAGGUGUCUCCCAAUGGGGGGCAGAGCCACAGCAAUGGCCAGUGUCCCUCGCCCGUGGACACGAGUGCCAGCGCCGAGCUGCUGGGCAGCCUGCUCAUGGCAGGGAUCCACCCCCCAGCUGCAGCCCACGAACAGAACCCCAGUGAAAAGGGUGCAGACCUAGAGGGGCUCCCCAGUCACGCGGAUCUGGAUGAAGUCAAAGUGUUAGAACUGGAAAACGGCCCCGAAGAGGAGGAUUGCUGGCUCUAUGUGUCUCCAAGGAAAUCCAUGGAUGAGAAAACAGCCUCUCCUCUGAAGUGGUGCCGGCAGGUGCUGGAUAACCCCAGCCCCGAGAUUGAGGCUGCCUGCAGAACCCUCAUCAACAGGCUGGACCAAGCCAGUAGAUGGAAAAACCUGUAUUGCAGCCCCCUGGCAUCUCCCAGCGCACAUAACCUGAAUUCCGAGGCAGGCUCCUGUAGCAAUGCACUAAACUCUCCUGGGCACCUCAAAUCGACUAACAAAGCACUACUAACCUGUGGCAGCUCAGGGUACCUGAGCAUGCACUCGGCCCUGAGCUCCCAGUCCUCGGUGGACAGCGAGCUCAGCACCUCGGACGACUCCAUCUCCAUGGGCUACAAACUGCAGGACCUCACUGAUGUCCAGGUCAUGGCACGGCUGCAGGAAGAGAGCCUGCGGCAGGACUGCGCCUCCAGCUCCGCCUCCGUGUCCCGCCGCAGCUCCAGCGCCUCCCUGCACUCGCUGCGCCGCGGCACCUACAGCGACCAGGAAUUCGACACCUACAGCCUGGAGGACGAGGACGACUGCGACUGCUCGCUGUCUCUGCGCAGCGCCCACCGCUACUCGCCGUCCCCGCUGAGCUCCCCGCGCUGCCAAUCGCCCUCCUCGGGCGCCGAGCUGGGCCGGGCCGCGGCCUCGCGGCUGCGCGCCCCGCGCAGGGCGGUGCAGAGCCCCAUGCAGGAGCGCCUCAAGUACGCCAACAGCGAAGAGGAGCUGAGGCACAGCAUGCCCAACCUGGCCCGCAGCAGCCUGCGCGCGCUCGAGGCCGUGCGCGGCAGCCGCAGCCUGGAGUCCGACCUGCAGGUGCCCAGCAGCCGCAUCCCCAGGACUCAGCAGCGGUCAGCAGGUCAGUGCCACACCUCCCACAGCCCUCCUCUCCCUUCUCCCUUUGGCCAGCCCUCAGAGGUGCUCUUGUGUCCCUGCAGGUCUGACUCCCAGCAAGCUCAGGUAUUCCUCGGGGGCCGCGCAGUCCCCGCUGACGGGGCGCCAGCCCAAGGCGGCCGGCUCCCUGCUGCCCGGCCGGCAGGUGGGGAAGCCCUGCAGCUACACGGCUCCCGUCCCCCCCGUGCGCAAGGCACAGCUCCACACGGGCUCUCCCAGCAGCAGUUGCACUUCCAGAAGCUCCACCAUGGUCACCGUGGCCAAAGGCUCUGCCCUGAAAGCGCGGCCGGGCGCGGCAGGGGUGGCCGUGCCCAAGGGAAAGGCGCCGCCCCCAUCCAGGAGGUUCCUCCAGGCAGCACAGACCCCCCAGGCCCCCGAGGACGACUCCUGGAAGGAUGGGUGCUACUGAGAGCCCAGGACACCUCUGUGGAGCAGAUCCCAGCUGGCUGGGCAUGACCUCACUGGGAGAGGCCCCGAGCCCCUGUCCCUGCAGACUGCUGUACAUAUCCCUCAUUCUGUGCUCUCCACACCUCCCACCUCCCUCUGCUCUGCCAGGAGCCGGGGCUGGGACACACAGCUCCCACCCUUCACUGAACCCUGAGUCUUCCCAGGAAGACUGGAAAAGCCUUAUUUCAUCCACACCCCAGCUGCAGCCCUGGGGAAGGUGUGUCACCAUCCCCUCCCAGGGAUGCUGCAGAGCUGGGGUGUCCUCAGUGCCAGAAGCAGCUCUGAGCUGGUGCUGUGGCAGAGCUCAUGGGGAGUAGAAAUAGUGACAUAGGUGUUAGAUUUGAAACUUUUUAAACCCAGCCUGAUGUACUCUAAUAUUUGUCUGGAAUUCAACUGGGUUUGGUUUGUUGGUUUUUUUUGGUUUUUUUUUUACUUCUGUAUAGAAUGUAUUUCUGCUACUUUUUAUUGUUUGGUCUAGAGCUGCAGCAGGUUUUUAUAACUGUAGAACACUGAGCUGUUGUAUCCAGGUGUCAGCACAGGUCAUGAGGAGCAGUACACAAUAUUUGUGUGGGGUGUGAACAGGCAGGGACAGGGAUGCCAGUUAAAAACUGCUGGGCACCAGCACCUUACCUCAGCUGAGUCAGCUCAACACCACUUAAGAGUAAAUUUUUAAAAAUCCCCUUCCCUCACAACUUUGUCUUGAAGUGUUGGAGAUCUCAGCUGGUUCCCAACUGCCCUGACUUUUGUAGAAGUUUUCUACUGUCUCUUAAGGAUUCUGUUCCAGUGUCCUUUUCCUCAGCAAGUGCUGGAUGCUACAAAUACAGUCUUAGUCCAGGAAAUAUGCACUGAUAGCAAUGUUCUCCCUGCCAUCAAUGUGACUUUGAUAGUGUAGUUUAAUAAAAUGUUAUGGUGCUGAA